AUGAAAUUAUUUUAUGUUUUAAGCAUUUUAAUUUUCCAUUCGAUAUUAUGGUGUUUAAUUAAUUCUGUUAAAAAUAACAAAAAUCAACAAGAGUUAAAAAGAGCUGACGGAACCUUGGUUAUACAUGAAAAAUCAAAUGAUAGGGCUGAAUCAUCGUUCGCCCCUCAAAUUGAAAAAUAUGGAGAAAUGUUAAACCCAACUCCAACAAUUACAAAAAAGGAAAUAAAUAAAAAUAAAGAAGAAGAAAAAAGGUUAAAGAAAAAGGAAUGUAAUAGAAAUCACUACCAGAAAAAUAAAGAGAAAAGAAAGCAAUAUAAUAAAAACUAUCGACAAAACAAUAAAGAUAAAAGAAAGGAAUAUCUUAAAAAUUAUUACCAAGAGAAUAAAGAAGAAAAGCUAGAAUAUGGUAGAAAAUAUUGGGAAAAGAAUAAAGAGAGAAUAAGUGAAAGGAAGAAAUAUACAGAUCAUGAAUACUACCUAAAGAAUAAAGAAAAGAAGAGAGAAUAUGACCGAAUGCGCCGACAGAAGAAUAAUCAAAAAGUAAUAUGCAAAAAUGGUAUUUUAAAGGUGAAAAAGGUUGAAUCUGAUAAUUAUUUAGGUACUUCUAUUAAUCCACAAACUAAUAAUUGUGAAAAUAAAGGAAAAGAUCAAAUAAUUUGUGAAGAGUAUGGACAGAUAAAUAAUUCAGAAGGAAAUUCUCUUGUUAAUUCAACUUAUGAUUGUGUAAACAAUUUAUCUGGCUCAAUUGUAUACCCUGUUGGAGAGGGGAAUGCUCAAACAGCAGAUUCAAAUGUUGUUCAACAGAGUGAUGGCCAGAAUGAUGUGUUUGAUCUAAGUUUUUUGGAGGAUCCAGAAUUUUUGAAUAAUCUAAAUUCUUGA